CACAAUGUGCGUCUAUUUUCUGGAUUAUACGGUAAACAGCAUUAGGCGGAAGGAAAGCAUAGCUCUUCUGGUUGUGCUUUUUAUGCAGGAAAAUGAUAUGCAUCUUAUUGGUUGCUGGCCACGGCACGCUGUUGGAAACACACAUCAAGAACGAUGCCACUGGUCUGUACGCUCACCUAACCGGCAUCCCAAAGGCUCUCCUUCCAGGAGUUGGUGGAAAGAAAAUCCUGGACUUCUGGUGGGAAGCAGUAAACACGAGGCAACUGUUCAGUGCGGUUUACCUGGUCACCAACGCAGACAAGUAUAAGCACUAUGAACGCUGGGCUACCGCCAAUGACUUCCCCGUGGAAAACAUUAUCAACGAUGGAACCACGACCUACGGGAGCAGGCUGGGGGCCGUGGCAGACGUGGAGCUGGCGAUCCGGAGCAGGGGGCUGCAAGAUGACGUCAUGGUGAUUGCUGGAGAUAUGCUGUGUGCGGAUCAGAAUUUCGAUAUCGCUCAGGUCCUGAGAUUCUUCAGGUUAAAGCAAGGUGAGCUGGCAAUUUACUAUGAGAUGGAGGAAGGAGAGAAAACAACAUCCAGAGGGAUUGUGGAAGUGUGCCCCAGUACCCACAGAAUAACGAAGUUCAUGGAGAAGCCCUCUGCAGAGCUGACUCAGUCCAGACUAGCCAGCGUGGUGUUCUACUGCUUCCAGAAGAAGACCCUGCCCACCCUGACCCAGUUCCUCAAUCUCCAGGCUAGAGUGGAAGACAGAGUCCUGGGCAAAUACUUGCAAUGGCUGAUCAAUGAGCAAAAGGUCCCAGUGAAUGGGAUGAAGCUGCCCACCGGAUUUCAGCUCAUUGGACAAGUGGGUCUCUCGGACUACACCAAGUGGUUAGCUCACUAUUCUGCAAAGCAGCAGGGCUGUCCUGCACGUUCGAUCACAUGUCGUUCCUAUGCGAGGAUUGGAAUUAUGGGAAAUCCCUCUGACGGGUUUAAUGGCAAAACCAUCGCCAUGACAAUCGCUAAUUUCUGGGCGGAAGUCACUCUUUUAGAAAGCCAGACUCUGGUUCUGCUUCCGCACCCUCUGAACGACCCCACAGAGUUUGGGAGCCUCCAGGACUUGUACUGCAUCAGCAGGAAGGAGGGGUACCUGGGGGGGUUGAGGUUACUACAAGCAACCUGUAAGAAGUUUUACCAGUUCUGCUCCAAACAGGGAAUGGCUCUCACCAAACAGAACUACACACUCAAGUAUGACACCAACAUCCCUCGCCAAGUGGGAUUGGCAGGCAGCAGUGCUAUCGUUUCUGCAACGCUAAAAUGCUUAAUGAAGUUCUAUAAUUUAACAGAUAAUGAUCUUCCAAAGCCGAUCCGUGCUAAUUUUGUCCUGGAUGUGGAGUCUGAUGAACUCUUCAUCACCGCUGGUCUUCAGGAUCGAGUCGUGCAGGUCUAUGAGGGGCUGAUAUACAUGGACUUCAGCAAAGAGCUAAUGGAUAAGCAUGGCUAUGGAAACUAUAUUCCGAUAGACAUGAGCAGUGUACCCCCGUUCUGGCUGGCUUACCUGGGAGACCCCAGCGACUCGGGCAGGAUUCACAGCACCGUGCGGCAGCGCUGGCUGAACGGGGACACUGAUGUCAUUGAAGCCAUGAAAUCGUUUGCUGAGCUGACAGACAGAGCAAGGGAGGCCCUCGAGUCCAGGGACUGGUCCAAACUGGCUGAGCUGAUGAACCAGAACUUUGAACUGAGGAGGAAGGUCUACACGGAUGAGUGUUUGGGUCCAGGGAAUCUGAAGAUGGUACAAAUAGCCAGGACGUUCAGCUCGGCUGUCAAACUGCCUGGCAGUGGAGGAGCCGUGGUGGGGCUCUGCCUGGACUCGGACAAGCUGGUUGUAUAAACAGAGCGCUCCAUGAAGGUUAAUGAAGGGCUGCAGUUUGCAUGAAGAUGGCCGUAAGCAACCACAUCCACCACAUCCUGCUUCUUGGAAUAGCUCCAGUUCCUCAUGAGUGUCCGUGGUGUAUCCUCUAUUUGACCUCGUCACCUAAUGGGAUUGCAGCUUACAACACACUUGAAGUGCGAGCAGUUUCACUGAGCGGUAUGGAAGUGUGAACAUGCUCCUAGAUUCACAGCAUCCUAGCUUGCAAGCAUAGCAGCAACAAGCAGGUGUUAUAAGGGGAAAAAGAAUGUCAAGAGUUCUGCUUUCUGAGAAAAUAGAUGUGCAUCCUCAGGCACCAUUUCCCAUUUAUUAGCGUCACCUUGAACAUCAUUGUGGGACACUGUCUGCAGCUUCAAAGAUCCAAUGGGGUUCUUAUUGCAACAUCAUGAAUGCAAACAUCAUGGAAAUGGAAGGGGGGAUUCAAUAAAUUGUUACAAUAAAUGUGCCUUGAGUAAUAAAGGCCACUCCCUGUGGACCACAUUUGCUGGUCACUUGACUGGCCUUAAUAGUUUUCACUGUAUUCAAAGCACAGGGCUCAGUAAAGAGGAAGGUGCUGUAUAAUGUUUCACUGAAAUUCAAAAUGAGUGGUUUUACUGCCACUUUAAGUAGAUCUCUCAUAGCCAUGUGUUACAGACUGUGGUGAGUUUGCAAGCAGCACAGCUGCUAUGAGCGAUAGGCUGCAAUUCUCAGAAAGAUAGACAAAGAAAAGGCCACCCACAGCACAUGGCAAACAGCUACCUGAUGAAAAACUGGAGCUAAAGCAUAGCAAUGACCAACGCCAGCAGCGCUAAAGCAUGGGUACCUGUGUGAGAAAAGAUCAAGAGAAGGAAAUCAAAAGUUAAGCAAAGGAAAGAUGAAAGAAAAGCCGGGGUCCUCUUCAAAUCCUAGUGUUCUACCCAUAAGAAACCCCUGGAGCCAUCAGCAGACCACAGCUCUACAGGGAGUCUUGCACGCUCCCUUGGUGCUCAAGCACCUUGUUAAAGACCCGAUGAAAACGGCUUUACAGAAUCAGUCGAAUCCACACUGUAUUCAACACCGACACCCCCUUUGCUGUCCAGUGAACACAACCCCGCUUUAUUGAAUGAGCUGAAUUAUGGGUUCAGUUUCAUGUUUCCGCUGUGUUGGGAUGGUUUAGAUGGGAAUAAUGCACUCCAGGAUGUUCAAAUAAUGGUCACACUCCUGUUGCGUGUUUUUGGGUAUCCUAGGCAGGCAGCAGGUACAUAUAGAAUAGCAAAUGGCAGGCAGGAUAGCUAUUCACGGGCAUUGGGACACAAAGUCAUGUAAGCAUACGGUAAAAUGAACGUGAGAAAUAAUCUAUUAAAACAUAGCAACAGCAGUGUAUUGCAGAACUGCAUUGAAAUUAUUAUUAUUAUUAUUAUUAUUAUUAUUAUUAUUAUUAUUAUUAUUAUUACAAACCAGGACCUUAACACGAGGAACGCACCUUUCCUUUUAUAGCUAUAACCAGUGGAAGGAUUGAGCGCUCUUGCUGCUCGACCAUCGCAGCGUUCUCCAUUCAGCAGACUGUUCUCAUCACCUUGUACACUUGAUGCUACGGUGCAAUGUAAUCAAGCGAUUCUGGAACAUCAUAAACCAAGUUAUUGGUGGACUGGCUGUAGGCGCAUUGUCAGCUUUGCUUGAUAUUUUGUAU